ACAGUGUUAUUCAACAUGCUAUACUUGCGAUUAAGUUACAAAUGUCAAUUAAAUAGGUGCAUACAUGCAGACGUAAACAAAUACUUACAUUCGUUGCUUACAAGCGACACAUCAGAACACUCUGCGGGAGACCGGAGCCGGCAGCGCACGUGUUCAACUAACAGCAUUAUGGCCAACGUUGCGAUCAAAUAUACUAAGUUGUUCAUCAACAACGAAUGGGUGGAUUCUGUUAGCAAGAAAACCUUUCCUACAAUCAACCCUCAAGAUGAGUCUGUUAUCAUUCAAGUAGCUGAAGGAGACAAGGCUGAUAUCGACAUCGCUGUCGAAGCCGCGAAGAAAGCAUUCCAUCGCUAUUCAGAAUGGCGCACCCUCGAUGCCUCUCAAAGAGGUCGUCUCCUGCUCAAACUGGCUGACCUAAUGGAUAGAGAUGUCACAUACUUGAGUGAAUUGGAGACUUUGGACUGCGGCAAGCCAGUGAAGCAGGCAUAUGGUGAAAUUAUCUGGGCUGCGGGCAUCGUUAGGUACUACGCUGGCAAAGCGGACAAGAUUCUUGGAAACACUAUCCCUGCAGACGGUGAAGUGCUAUCCACUCUUAUAUUUAAACGAAUUAAUUUGUACGCUUUUGCCCAACCAGGUUGCACCGUCGUAGUAAAGCCUGCCGAGCAGACACCUCUUACGGCGCUAGCCCUCGCGGCGUUAGUAAAGGAAGCCGGGUUCCCGCCGGGAGUCGUGAACGUGGUUCCAGGAUAUGGGCCUACCGCAGGCGCUGCUCUGACCCACCACCCCAACGUUGAUAAAGUUGCCUUCACUGGCUCUACUGAGGUUGGCCGUAUCAUCAUGAAAGCAGCAUCCGCGACCAAUCUUAAGCGGAUCACUUUGGAGCUCGGGGGCAAGAGUCCCCUGGUCAUCUUCAACGACGCUGAUGUUGAGAAAGCAGCCGAUAUUGCCCACCGAGCAGCUUUUGCAAACGCUGGCCAAUGCUGCGUAGCCGCUACCAGGACAUACGUCCAAUCGGGAAUUUAUGACAAAUUUGUUGCCAAAGCUGCUGAAAUAGCAAAGAAAAGGAGCGUCGGUAACCCUUACGAAGAUGUCCAACAAGGUCCUCAGAUUGACACAGACAUGUACAACAAAGUGAUGGGAUACAUCGACGCAGGCAAGAAGUCAGCGCGUUGUGUUGCUGGUGGAAAACGUCACGGUAACAAAGGCUUCUUCAUCGAGCCAACCGUGUUUGCAGAUGUUACUGAUGACAUGAAGAUUUCGAAAGAAGAGAUAUUUGGUCCCGUUCAAAGCAUUCACAAAUUUGAGACUUUCGAGGAGGUGGUGGAUCGCGCCAACAACUCCAACUACGGCCUAGGAGCUGGAGUUAUCACCAACGACGUCAACGUUGCUCUGGCAUUCGUUCGUCACGUGCGAGCUGGCUCCUUGUGGGUCAACACUUACGAACACGUCGCCGCUCAAACACCGUUCGGCGGAUUCAAGGAAUCCGGUAUCGGACGCGAGCUGGGCGAGGAUGGUAUUCUGCAAUACCUCGAAAGCAAGACUGUAACCCUAAGCCUACCAAAAAAGCCUCUUCUUUAAGACAGCGAAUAAAAUGCAUUAAACCUGAAAAAAGA